AUGGUGAGCAACGGCCAGCGUCUUGAGGUUCAUUCCAAGACCCGGGCCGCCGCCCACAACCAGGUGACGGGCAAUAUUAUACCGAGUUGCAACAGUUCUGUUUACUUCACGCCCGCGGGUAGCCACCUGUGCACCUGUGCACUGGUCUUCUCUGUCUCCUCGUGUCCAAAACGUGGCGUGCUACGCCGCAGGCUCGCGUAUAUAAGACGGAGGCGACGGAACGGAGAAGUGUCACUUGCCAGCGCGACAUGGCGAAACUACUGGCCGUCUACCUGCUGCUGCUGGUUGCUGCCCUGCUCUGCGAACAGGCCCUCGCCUGCACGCCUGGCACCCGGAAAUACGACGGCUGCAACUGGUGCAGGUGUUCCAGCGGCGGGGCCUGGACGUGCACGCUCCGCUACUGUCCUCCCUCCAGGGGUGGCGGUGGGGGUACUAUAUUGGUGUGACCUCUGUGUGAUGCCUAGGUCAGCUGCCCAUGGAGCCUUACUGAGCAGUGAUCUGCUCCUUCAAUAGUGUUAAAAUUUUGAUGUAUACCUAACGAAUGGCUACAAAUAAAAUUUGAUACACUCAGUUUUGA